AUGUCCAUCGCAGGACAUCAACUGUCUCCAGCCGCACAUUCAGCCAAAAGGCAGCCUGCUGAUCAGCACUUUGCUGCUUUCCCAGAUGGUCUUGGGGACGACGAUGCGGACGAGGAGAACAUUGCGUACCUGAAGCAGCUCAGCCGCGAGGUGACCGCCCUUGAGAUGCUCAAGCACGAGCUUCUGGAACGCAAUGCCAGGCUGGAGCGCUGGCAUCUGGACCAUCCCAAUGGCGUCCCACCAAUCCCAGCAACUACCAGUCAGGCGCCACAGGGCGCUGAAGAACAGAGCGCCACGACUGACAAGCCAAGCUGCAGUGGAGAGGCACCAACACAGCCAGAGUCUCCGCUCCUGGAUUCCGCAGACCUACGUCGGUCCCCUAGGAACACCCAGUCCCCCAGCUGUGGGCUGCUGCGCUGA